UGUUAUUCAAAAAAGUUUUAAUUCAAAUCAAACUACAAAUCAAAACCAUUACUACUACUGAUAAACGUAAUGCCAUUAAAGCGAUGAUAAGAUAUAUAACUAAAUGAAAUCAAAAGGUGGUGACCAUUGUCUGCAUCGAGCCAUUCCUCCAAGUCUUACAUCUCAUCCAUUGAGCGCACAAUAAGACAAUGCAUUUGUCACAGAAUUGGUGCCAAAGAAGCGUGACUUUUAGCCAUUUGUUGGCUGUGUUGACACCGGUAUUACUGGUACUGACCGUCCAUUUGGUGCAAUUGGUUGUCUCGCAUGACUGUCUCGGAGGGAAGUGUCACUGUAUGUGGCAAAGAGGCAAACUAUCGGCCGACUGUUCCCUCCAGAAACUCACACGACUUCCUCAGGACUCAACCGAUUCACAAGAGGUUCAAGUGAUUAAUUUGACGCGAAAUGACUUCAUUGAACUGAAAGCCAAUAUAUUUUUGAACUCAAAACUCAUUAAUUUACAAAAAAUAUAUCUCUCCAAAGUGGGUUUGGAAAGAGUGGACGAAAAGGCGUUUAAUAAUCUGAAAAAUGUAAUUGAAUUGGAGUUAAGUUUUAAUAGUCUUAAACACAUUCCCUCCCAAUCAUUGGCAUCGAUGCCUAAAUUGCGGACAUUAGACCUGUCGUCCAACAGCAUCAUGUCGGUUCCCAAACACUCGUUUCACAAUCUGUCAAACUUGAAGACAUUAUCACUGGAGAGGAACCGAAUCACAUUCAUCGACGACAACGCCUUUGAUGGUCUCUCACGUCUUGAAUCACUUAAACUGAGCCAGAAUGAGUUGACAUCACUAGACAGCAAAGUCUUGAUGCCGAUGUCUCUCAUCCAUUCGCUAACCUUAAGCGAAAACACGUGGAGAUGUGAUUGCAAUCUGCGGUCAGUUCGCAAAUACCUAUUGGCCAACACUCGGGUCAAUGUUAUAGACGAACCCAAAUGUGCGGACAACCAGAGAGUGUGGACCCAAUUGGGUUUGGAUUCGUUUCUAUGCGUUCCUGUGAUAUCCAAUUAUAGUACUGGUAACGAGAAGGCAAAUGAAGGCUCGACUCUAAAGCUCGACUGCAGUGUUGUGUUGACGGAAGAAGAGGACGACUCACAGCCUCUAUCUAUUCAGUGGUUUUGGAAUAACAUUCCCAUCUCUAACAACAGUAAGGGUUGUGGUCAAGACUGUCUCAUCCAGAACCAAAACCAACAGUAUUUCCUCAUAACUGAAACAAAGAAAAAAGUGAAAAAUCAAAAGCUAAUGAUAUCGCGACUCGAGUUAUCAUCCGUCCUAUCAUUCAAUUCCGGUGCUUAUGUAUGUGUCGCAAAAAACAAUGCCGGAAGAGUUGAGAAGAAGUUUGAUGUUGUGGUCAGUGGCCAGAGCUCUCAAUUCAAUAACGGAAGGGUAACGGCGGCCGCCGCCUCAUCUGAAUCUCAUUACGUCAAUGACAGCCAAAACAACAAAUUUGAUGAGGACAUCGGGACCGACAAAGUAGUGGUUGGCUUAAUAUUUGGCAUUCUUGUGGGCAUUUUAUUAGUAUUAGUAUUGUUUGGAAUCUCUGUUGUGCUGUUAUGCCGACGCCGACAGCAAAGGAAGGAAAGCCAUACAAACAAUAGUCUGUCUGAAGGCACAGAACUCGAGAAAUUGACCCCAAAUACUGACCCAUCGUUGAGAGUGAAUCCAAUUCAAAAGCCUCCGCGACUUGCAGUCAAUUUAGAUAAAGAGAUACCACAGAAGAGCUAUAAAAUGGCGAAGAAGUUGAAGAGAUUCCUAAUAGUGUUGGACGACGAGUCUCUCCUCUACUUUCCCGGAGCCUUCUUAACUGGAAAGGUGUUACUCGAACUCGAAGAGGACACCCCUGCCAUCGGUCUUUACUUUCAUAUCGUCGGUGAAGGAGUCGUCAGACUAACCAAUAAAGGAAGGGUGGACUCAACCGACAAAGAAAAUUAUAUUGACUUUCGUAUGAGGCUUUUGGGCGACAGUUCCGCUAAGAGUGAAAGUGGAAGUGUUUUCAACGGUUCGACUGUAAAUAGCGGCAGAAUCUUAGUCUUAUCUCCCGGAGUGCAUACAUUUCCUUUUAAGUUGGGUUUGCCAUUAGGUCUUCCCUCGACUUUUUUGGGAAAACACGGUUGGGUUCAGUAUUUUUGUAGAGCAGAACUCAGAGAACCCAAUGGUCUGAUCCAUAAGAACCAACAGGUCUUCGUAAUCAUGAGUCCAAUUGAUCUCAAUUUAGAGCCACAGCUUCUAACACAACCAUUUCAUUGCGAACUCGAGGAGAAGAUCGGAAUGUCGUGUAUGAGUGCCGGCAAAGUGAUGUGUCGCGUGAAACUGGAUCGGGGCGGGUAUGUGCCCGGGGAAAGCAUUUGUAUCAAUGCUCUCAUCGAAAACGACAGCAAUUGUGUUAUUAAGAAAACUCGAGCCAUUUUGACAGAAACGGUUCAAUACACGGCUAAGAAUAAAGUGGUUUUCACUGAAACCCGAGAAUUAGCCGCUUUAGAGAAGGGAAAGAUUUCUGCCAAUUGUGCCGAACAGUGGAGGAAUGAACUCUUAUAUAUACCACCCAUCCCUCCAACCAAUUUAAGAGGCUGUCACUUGAUUCAAAUCCAAUAUGAUAUUUAUUUUAUAAUAACACCGAAAGGCGCCCAUAAGUCGGUGCGAUUGCAGUUGCCUAUAAUGAUGGCCACUUACCCCAUCCGCAACAGUGACGGCACACUUAAGCGAAGGAAAGGCACGUACUACCCGUCCACUCUGCCCACUACACGGCCCUGGCUCUCAACCUCUGAGGGAAAACUUAAAUAACACUCAAAGUCUAAAUUCAUUUCAUCAUUUUUGUUAUAACUGUAAUAUUUUUUAAGAAUUUGUUAAUUUUGUAAGCA